GUUGACAUGGCAGAGAAGGAAGUCCCUGAGCCUGUCACCAGGGAUGAGGGAGAUCCUGAGCCUGUACAGGAGAUUGAGAUGGAUGAGGAGGCCCUGCAGGAAAUGGAGAAGGACAUGAGUGAGGAGGAGAGAGAGGACAGAAGAAAGGAGAGCACUCAUUUAAAAGAAGAAGGAAAUGAGCUGUUUAAGAAAGCAGAUUAUGUUGAAGCUGAAGACGUCUAUUCUCGAGCUCUGCAGAAAUGUCCAGCCUUUUACAAAAAAGACCGAUCUGUUUUGUUUUCCAACCGAGCAGCCGCGAGACUGAAACAGGACAAGCAAGAUCUUGCACUAAUAGACUGCACCAAAGCAAUUGAUUUGAAUCCUGACUAUGUCCGCGCCUUACUGAGGAGAGCUGAGCUGUAUGAGAAGACUGAAAAACUUGACGAGGCCUUCGCUGAUUACAAGUCUGUUCUGAAUUUAGAUGCAUCAUGUCGCCAAGCCAGAGAAGCCUGCAUGCGCUUACCUAAACAGAUUGACGAGAGGAAUGAGAAAAUGAAAGAAGAAAUGAUCAGUAAACUGAAGAGUUUGGGAGAUUUAGUUUUAAAACCUUUUGGAUUGUCGACAAACAACUUCCAGGUCAAUCAGGAUGCAGAUACUGGAUCCUACUCCAUCAACUUUGUGCAGAACCAGAGCAAGAGAUGACAUGCAUACAACUGCCACAAUGCCAUUGUCACUCGUAAGGACAGACUUCAGUCUUCAUUGAUCAGCUGCUCCAAAAGAUAGUCACAAAUAUAUCAACGCAUUCGUUUGUGGUGAACUCUGUUAUAAGCAGGCAUCAUAUAUUUACCAACCUGUCUAUAGAGGAGACU